CACGACGACAACAACUUUUGCACCGGUAUCGACUCGAUAGAUCUUGCCCAACUCCCCUUCAGCCCCACUAUAGAUAGCGGCGAGACCCCCCGCGCCAUCCACGCACUGACGUGGAGCCUUAAAACAGUUACGUGCCCGAUAGCCGCUAAGGACACAAGCCGCUCCCAUAUAAACAUGUCACGCCGCUCUCUGUCCCCCACGUCUCCUACCACCUCGUCGCACUCGCGCUCGUCCCAGUCCCACACCAUCACAACGAUCACCGCCCGCGCCGUCGCCCGCUUGAGCCACGACGACAGCGAUACCGACUCGGAAGACGACAUCGUGGUCACUGUCACUUCGUCCAAGGCGUCGCCUGCGACCAGCAGCCUGACAUCGCGCUCCUCGUCAACCGCUUGGGCCUCGAGCACCAGCACCGCCUCCUCUCCCUCCCCUGCCAUGCCCGACGGCGAGAACACCCCCCUCGUGCCCAAGCACGACCGCACGCCAGCACACGCACUCAACCACCCGUGGCACAAGAAGCCCAAGCUCCUCACCUAUGCCGAGAGCCUGCGCCUCGUCCCGUGGCAGACGGACAAUGAGUGGAUCACCAGGGGAUACCGUCCCCAGCUGAGGAGCAUUCGCUCGUGUCUGUGGAGUGCUAUCGGGUACGUCCACAACGAGACGGUCAACAUCCACACCCACUCGAUUGGCGCGGCAUUCUUCGCCUUCCUCCUCCCGUACCACCUCCUCUCGACCCACUUCCCGUCGCUCGGUGGCUUCUUCCCGACUGUUGCCGGUGGCGCUCCAGUGGCUACGGUGGCUGACAAGCUGGGGAUUGCGUGCUACUGCGUGUGCGCAGUUACCUGCCUUGGCCUCAGCAGUUGGUUUCACACGGUCCAGUGCUGCAACCGCGAAGUGUGUGCGCUCGCCCACUCUGGCGACUAUAUUGGAAUCGUCGUCCUCAUUGUCGGAUCCAUUCUGCCUGGAAUGUACUACGGGUUCCAUGGCAGCCUCGGGCUCCAGGUGUUUUACAUGGCUGCCAUCCUCGGAGCGGGCAUCACCUCGGGCUACAUUGUCCUCUCGCCUCACCACAAGGGCCACCGCUGGCACCGCACCCUCACCUUCAUUGCCUUGGGCCUCUCGGCAGUCUUCCCUGUGGCCCAUGUCAUGAUUGCCAAGGGCCUCGACUUUGCCCGUGACAAGAUGGGCGUUAGCUACAUUGUCGCUGGUGGCGCGAGCUACAUCUUCGGUGCUCUCCUGUACGCCGGCCGCAUCCCCGAACGCCUUGCGCCCGGCAAGUUUGACUACAUCGGGUCAUCGCACCAGAUUUUCCACUGCUUUGUCCUCCUUGGAGCGUGGUUCCAGUUCUCUGCGCUUCGCUGGAUGUCAGUCGGCAGAGCCGUUGGUGGCUGGUGAGGUCAGAGCCCCGUUAACGAUGGUGGUGGGAACACACGGCCACUUUUGAGCCAACUCGCCAAUCAUCAUCCUGCCUCUAGGAGUAAACUAGAAUAGUCAUCGCAUAGCGUUUCAUGUGCAUGUAACACCCCCGAUACACUCUGUACCUUGGGGAAGAGUGUUCAUCCUCCGUCAUGGGACUUUGUUGGUCCCGACCCGCUGACCAGAAACACUUGCUUCCGAGGCUGAUACAAGCGGCGUUCAAGAGCCCAAAACAGGACAUGUGCCUUUGGUUGUCAGGGGAAGUGGAGCAGAGUAGCGAACAGGGAUGGCCAAGAUGACCAGAUAGAUGGGGCACAGGCGAAUGGAGGAGGUGACAACUACCGAUGGAGUGCGGAUGAGGUGCCCGCGAGGUAUCACGAUCGGUGGUGGCCGAUCCGAUCUCGUGGCAUCACGCGUCGAGUCUAGUGGUAGAGUGGCCGAU